GCAGCCGGUACCUUUUGCCCAGCUCUCCAGCCUACUGGACCAGAGGACAACUCGUCAUGAAGCUGCUGCCCCAUAUUCUGCUGAUGUGCCUGGCUCUUGCUCUGGCAUGGGCCCAGGGUAAACACCAAAACCAACCCGGACACCAAAACCAACCCGGACACCAGCACCAACCCGGACACCAGCACCAACCCGGACACCAAAACGAUCACCAGCACCAUGCAGCCGUCCUCGACCGCUGCAAGGGCCUUGAAAUGGACGCAGUCGCAGAAAACGAGGAGAGGAUUCCUUACUUUUUCAAAGGUGACCACUUGUUCAAGGGCUUCCAUGGGAAGGCCGAGCUGUCAAACAAGUCUUUUGCAGAGUUGGACGACCACCACCAUCUGGGCCACGUAGACGCUGCCUUCCGCAUGCACUUUGAGGACGAUCCUGCACACCACAACCACAUGUUCUUCUUCCUGGACAACAAGGUGUUCAGGUACUUCCAGCACAAGCUGGUGGUCGGCUUCCCCAAGGACAUCUCCGAGGUCUUCCCUGGAAUCCCAGACCACCUGGACGCGGCCGUGGAGUGCCCCAAGUCAGAGUGUGGCACAGACUCUGUGAUCUUCUUCAAGGGCAAAGACAUCUUCCACUACAACUUGAAAACCAAGGCCGUGGAGAAGAAAGCGUUUGCGUCCAUGCCCAACUGCACGUCGGCCUUCCGCUUCACGGAGCACUACUACUGCUUCCACGGACACCAGUUCUCCAAGUUCGACCCGAAGACCGGCGAGGUGCACGGGAGGUACCCCAAAGAGGCCCGCGACUACUUCAUGAGGUGCUCCAAGUUCAGGGAAGGCGGCGACCACCUGGAGAGAGAGCGCUGCAGCCGCGUUCACCUGGACGCCAUCACUUCCGAUGAUGCCGGAGACAUUUACGCAUUCAGAGGCCACCAUUUUAUCCGUAAAGAUGACAACGACACGCUGACCUCAAACACCAUCGAGAACACCUUCAGGGAGCUGCACAGCGAGGUCGACGCCGCUUUCUCCUACCAGGACCAUCUCCACAUGAUCAAGGACAACCAGCUGUUCGUUUACAAAGCCAGUGAGCCACCCACCCACGUGGCCGGUUACCCCAAGCCUCUGAAACAGGAGCUGGGCAUCGACGGCCCCAUCGACGCCGCCUUCGUCUGCCAAGACCAUCACAUUCUUCACGUCAUCAAAGGUAGGGACAUGUACGACGUGGACUUGAGGGCCACCCCGCGCGUCCCCACCAACAAGCGCCCCAUCUCCAUCCUGAAGAAGGUGGACGCCGCCAUGUGCGGUCCCGACGGAGUCAAGGUGAUCCGGGGAAGCCACUUCUACCACUUCGAGAGCGUCAUGCAGUUCGUCGCCGCCAGGGCUCUGCCCGAGCAGCACCGAGUGUCUCUGGAGCUGUUCGGCUGCGACCACUGAGCCGCUUUCUGGGAAAGGACUGAGCGGAUGCCGCGGAACAUGGAAAGAAACCAAAAAAAAAAAAAAAAACAUACAGGCACUUACAACAUCCAGGAGACGCGGCUCCUCACAGACCACACGGUCUUUGCAUGCAACUUCUGUGUUUUACCUCAAAAAUAAACCUCGACGUUUCUUAA